AAAAGUUUCAAGUUGCAUAGAAGAUGAUUUGAUGGUUUGAAUUUUUAAGCGAUAACGAAGAAGACAUGUAAGACACGUCACUUGGGAAGGAGAAAUGGGAAGCAUUUAUGAUGGGCUAAUUGGCAUCACAGGGAUAUUCUUGUUAGCUAGACAGGUCAUACUGUCAAAUUGGUUUCUAGAAAGGAUGGAAAUAUUCUUAGACACGAUUGUAUCGAAAAUUGAAAUGGCGAUGCAGGAACUUGGAAGAAAGAAAUUCUUGUUUGUAGUACAAGUAUUGAUGUAUAUCCAUCGUGUUCCAAUAGUAACUUGGAAAUGUUCAGCAACUUUGUUCAUAUUACCUUGUAUCAUUGGAAAUAAAUUGGAGCUUAGAACAGACAGACUUUUUACGAGUUAUGAGAUAGCAUUUGUUCAUUCUCUUUUCAUAAAUGGAAUAGUUACUUGGGACAUAUAACAUCUGUUUCGUUUGAAAUAAACAUCGAAUCAUAAUA